AUGUUUUGCUGCCGGAGUGAAGAAUAUAAAGAACAGAACCGCAUCAACAAAGAAAUUGAGAAACAACUGAAGCGCGACAAAAAAGAUGCACGUAGAGAGCUUAAACUUCUCCUCCUUGGUACCGGUGAGUCGGGCAAAAGUACCUUCAUCAAGCAGAUGCGCAUCAUACAUGGAGCAGGUUAUUCGGACGAUGAGCGAAGAACCUUCAUCAAAAUUGUUUAUCAAAACAUAUACAUGGCUAUGUUUACGAUGGUUCGUGCUGUGGAAAGUCUAAAAAUCCCUUAUGAAAACCCAGCAAACAAGGCAUAUGGGGAAGCAAUAAAAGAGAUCGACUAUGAGACCGUUACCACUAUGGAACCACAGCACGUUGUAGCUAUCAAAUCAUUGUGGGAUGAUCCAGGUAUUAAAGAAUGCUAUGAUCGUCGUCGUGAGUAUCAACUAACCGAUUCAGCAAAAUACUAUUUAGAUAAUCUUGACCGAAUUUCACAAUCAGAUUAUUUACCGACGCUUCAAGAUAUUUUACGAGUUCGAGUUCCUACUACAGGCAUUGUAGAGUACUUGUUUGAUUUGGAUUCUAUCAUAUUUCGGAUGGUUGAUGUUGGUGGACAACGUUCUGAACGUCGAAAGUGGAUACAUUGUUUUGAAAGUGUUACUUCAAUUAUGUUUCUAGUUGCAUUAUCUGAAUAUGAUCAAGUUUUGGUGGAAUCCGAUAAUGAGAAUCGUAUGGAAGAAAGUAAAGCGCUCUUCAGAACAAUCAUUACUUAUCCAUGGUUUCAAGAGUCAUCUGUUAUUUUAUUCCUGAAUAAGAAAGAUCUUCUAGAAGAGAAAGUACUCUAUUCUCACCUUGUUGAUUAUUUUCCUGAAUACGAUGGUCCACAACGCGAUGCAGAAGCUGCCCGUGAUUUUAUUCUAAAAAUGUUUGUUGAAUUAAAUCCUGAUCCUGAGAAAAUAAUCUAUUCUCAUUUCACAUGUGCUACUGAUACAGAGAAUAUACGUUUUGUUUUUGCUGCUGUAAAAGAUACAAUUCUUCAGUUGAAUUUGAAAGAAUAUAAUCUUGUUUGA